AUGCCGCUCAAUUCCAAAGCCAUCUACUCUCGACUAAAUGCCGACUUUGCCCCAUUCGCCAGUCGAAGGAGUACUGUGCAUAGUACUAAAGGGAUUGUCACCUGUACGCAGCCCCUGGCCGCAGCUGCAGGCCAGAAGAUCCUCAGCAAUGGCGGCAACGCGGCUGACGCCGCAAUCGCUGUAGCCGCCGCCUUGAACAUAACUGAACCCUCUUCUACGGGCAUUGGGGGUGAUAUGUUCUGCCUCUACUACGAUAACAAGACGAAGAAAGUGCAUUCCAUCAACGGCUCUGGUCGAUACCCCGGCAGCGCAACAUUGGACAAGAUCCGAGAGGACCUGAAACUAGGCCCCGGCGAGUCGGGAAGUAUUCCCAUGGACAGUGUCCUUGCAGCCACGACUCCUGGAGCCGCUGCGGGGUGGGUGGACACGUUUGAGAGGUUCGGUAGUGGAAAGCUGACCUUGGAGGAUGUUCUGCGUCCAGCAAUUGAACUGGGCGAAGAGGGAUUCCCUGUGUCUGAACUGGCAUCGUAUUUCUGGCACGAAAGCGAGCACAUAAUCCGCGCUGCUUCUCCCAACUUCAGAGAGAUGUUGAAGUCUGACCCCGCGGCUCAAGACGGCUGCCGUAGCCCUCUGCCCGGUGAAAUCUUGCGCAACCCAACCCUCGCACAAACCUUCCGCUCCCUAGCCGCCCAUGGAAAGAAGGGCUUCUACGAGGGCCGCAUCGCGGAAGAAAUUGUCAAAGUCGCCCAAGAUCUGGGGGGCUACAUGACACUAGAUGACCUGAAAUACCACGCCGAGGUUGGAAGUCAAGAAACGGAAGCCAUCUCCCUCAAAUUCACGGGCCAAGGUAUCGUUUCUAAGCAAACCGCCGGCACAACCGAUGAAACCAACGAGGGCGUCGAGAUCUGGGAACACCCGCCCAACGGCCAAGGGAUUGUCGCCCUUAUGGCUUUGGGAAUACUCCAGGAGCUUGAACGCAUCGGCAAGAUUCCCACUUUCAGCGAAGCCCAACACAACUCAGCCGAAUACCUCCACGCAAUUAUCGAGUCGCUCCGGAUUGCCUUCGCGGACGCCUCGUGGUGGGUCACCGACCCAGACACCAACAAAAUCCCCUCCCAGGACCUUAUCUCCAAGGCCUACCUCGCCGAGCGCGCCAAACUGUUUAACCCUGACCGGGCCUCCGACUUGAUUGACCACGGCAGCCCCGCCCACAACCACUGCGACACGGUCUACUUCUCAGUCACCGACAGCGAAGGCAACGGGAUCUCCUUCAUUAACAGCAAUUACGGCGGUUUCGGCACCUGCAUCAUCCCCAAGGGGUGCGGGUUCACGCUCCAGAAUCGCGGGGCCAAUUUCUCAUUGAACCCCGACCACCCAAACGUCCUGGCUCCGCGGAAACGAUCCUACCACACCAUCAUUCCAGCCAUGGUCACAAAUGUCUCGGAUGGUUCACUGCAUUCCGUGUACGGCGUGAUGGGCGGCUUCAUGCAACCGCAGGGCCACGUGCAGGUGCUGCUGAACAUGUUGGCGUUCGGAUACCACCCCCAGGCUGCGCUGGAUUCUCCUCGGAUCUGUAUCGCCGCAGGCGAGCGUAUACCCGGAAAGAGCGUAGACCGCACUGUUUACGUGGAGGAAGGGAUCAGCGCUGAGGCCAUCGAGGGCCUAAGACGUCUGGGACAUGAAGUCCGGGUCUUGGAGGGAUGGAAGAGGGGUAUGUUCGGUAGGGGCCAGAUCAUUCGGUGCCACUAUGACGAGGGCAAGCUGAUCUACAGCGGUGGAAGUGAUUUGCGAGGAGACGGAUUGGCGAUUCCGAUGUUGUAA